AUGAUGGGCUUAUCCUCAACGCUCCGUCGCUCCUGCCACGCUCUGGUUUUCGAGCGCAGCGGCAGAGACCUGCCGGAGCAGCUUGCCGUGUCGGUUGUCAAAGGCCUCUACCUGGGGAACAUCCGCGCCAUCUUUGUAUUGCAGGACAUGACCUAUCUCUGUAUCUCGGCCUCGGAUUCAUCCAGUCAAAACCUGCUGCAGCAUUUUAAGGAGUGCAUCAAGUUCAUCCACGAAUGCCGGCUCGGUGGGGGAGGCUGCCUCGUCCAUUGCCUGGCUGGGGUCUCCCGCAGCACCACCAUCCUGGUGGCUUACCUCAUGACGGUGACCGAGCUCGGCUGGGAGGGCUGCCUGGCCGCCACCAAGGCCGUGCGGUCCUACGUCAGCCCCAACUUUGGCUUCCAGCAGCAGCUGCAGGAGUACGAGGUGACCUUGCUGCAGGAGUACCGUGCCUGGAUCCUCCGUGACUAUGGCAGGAACCCCUUCAAGGACCAGGAGGAGCUGCAGUGCUUGCUGGCCCAGCAGGAGCAGAGGCAGAAGGAGCAGCAGCUGGGGAGCAGGGAUCGCUCCUGGCUCCACUCUCCAGCUCCCACCUACCCGCUCCCCUACCACGCAGGUGGCACCAGCAGAAGCAGAUGGAUGAACAGAUAAGCAGCUGGCUGCUCGCAGGCGGACGUUGGCCCUGGGCCUUGGAAAACUCAAGUCUUCCCUUUGCCAAGUGCCCACGGGGGUUCAUGUCUGGGGCAGCGAGCAGCCAGCGCUGGCCUUGGCUGUGGGCUGAGGGUUGGAGCAGGGGGGUCAGGACUUGCAGACCUUCCCCUUGGCUGCCAGCUCUGUGUAUACCUCCGGGCAAGCCAGUGAACUGGUGACAGUGUCAUGCUCUUUCCCAUUCCUCCAUUUCUCAGUGGAUUGCAGCUACUUUUCCACCGCUCAGCGCAGCAGCAAGCCCCAUCCCUCUCCCCAGCGGCGCGGUACCCAGGUGCUCCUCUGGCAGGGCACAGGGACGCCGACGCAGAGCUUGGAAAGCCGGAGCAGGAUGAGAUGGGGAGACACCACCUUGUCUUCUGCUUUGCAAUGAAGCUGGGGGAUGAUACAGUCUGUGAGGCUGCCCCGAGGAGGGAGGGAUGGGUCCUGGGACAUGGGUGUGCUGCCGAGCCCAGCUGUCACCCCGUGGGAUGGGGAGAGGGGCUGGAGGCUCUGGGGGCUGCAGCUACCCCUGGCUGUGUUUGGACUUUCCUGGUGAGCAUGUCCUUGGCUGAUGUCUGUCUGGCAUUUUUCUUAACUCCCCCCCCCAAGGAGGGGGAAAUCCAGCAGCGCCGGAGGCUGCCCGUCCCCUCCACCUCCAUCCCCAGAGCUGGAGCGGUUUGGGUUUCCCCUGCUGCCCAACCUGAAUGUCCCCGCUUGCAAAAGAAGCCAAUCGCUUGUUCGACCUGCAGACCAAGUUAACGCUGUCCCUCUCCAACAGCCUUUUUAAUCUUGAAAGACGAUGACCGUGCCCCUUUUUUCAUCCCAGACUCACACAGUGCAUUUCCAAAGCGUGGGCUUCCUUUACCAGGACUCCCCACAUCUGCCCUACAAGGCGGGGGGCCCAACUCAUCGAGGCAGCCCUUCUACAUUUAAACCUUCAACUCUUCCAUGCCAGUUUGGCCUUUUACUAUAAAUACCUUGCUUCUCAAAAAUAUCUGUUCUGAGAAAAAAAAACCCCAAACAAACCAACCAAACAUCCAAAGCUUUUCCAAUAUUUCUAGGAAUUCCCUUAAUGAAAAUUUCUGGGUACUUGGAGUGUGUCAGCACCGGGGGGUGACUUGCCCAAUUCCUAAUAA